AUGACCACGACAAUCUUCAGAAAUGCCCGCAUCUUCAAUGGCAGCGGCAACGCCUUCCAACAAACCAUGAUGAUCCUUGGCCACCAAAUACUCUACGUCGGCCCAGAAGGUGACCCCGCCGUCCUCCGCGCCAAAUCAUCCGGCGCUCGCGAAGUCGACCUCGGCAACCGCAUCGUCGUCCCUGGCUUCAUCGACAGUCACGUGCAUAUUCUCGACUUUGCUCUGUCGCAGCGUCGAUUGAAUCUUCUAUCUUGCAAAUCGCUUGAGGACAUUCGCGAGACUAUCAAAGCGUAUGCGCAAGAGCAUCCGGUCUUGCAGAGGAUUGUUUGUAAGAGUUGGGUGCAGUCGAGCACAGGGGGUGUCGCUCUUGCAGGCAUGCUGGAUGAUCUGGAUGAAAGACCGAUAUAUAUCCAGGCGAACGAUCUCCAUUCCAUAUGGUGCAACACCGCUGCGUUACAUGAGUUAGGUGCGGAGAACAUGUCUGAUCCGCCGGGAGGCAUGAUCCACCGCGAUGAGAACGGGAAGCCGUCAGGUUUACUCAGUGAAUCUGCACAUUUGAGUGUUGCGCUUCCAUUCUUGACGAGCGUGGUCUCUAUUGAGGAGAAGCUUGCUGCAUUGGAAGAUGCAGUCAAAGCCUAUACCACUGCAGGCUACACAGGGAUGGUAGAUAUGGCAAUGAACGAGGAAGAUUGGGAAGUCUUGAAGCUCUUCCGACAACGACAUGCGGGUCAAUUACCGUUCCAUAUUGCGGCGCAUUGGCUCGUUCCGUACUCGGAGGACAUGGAUAUUGUGUUUGGACAUGUUGAUCGUGCCAUCGAGCUCCAUCGGGAGUUCCAUCCGUCGACGUCACCCACAUUCUGCAUCGUAGGUAUCAAAUUGAUAGCCGAUGGAGUGGUAGACGGCUGCACCGCAGCACUAAGCCAGCCAUACACAAACACUACGGACCCUGUUGCUCCCAUCUGGCCCACACCAGCACUCCAAGUGGUGACUCAGAAAGCCACUGCAGCCGGCCUCCAAUGCGCCGUCCACGCAAUUGGGGAUGCCGCUGUAAAGGAAGCAAUCGACGCUCUAUCAGCAUCAUCACAAGCCCAGCCCAACAGAUCCCCACGCCACCGCAUCGAACAUCUUGAACUUACUUCCCCCGAAGAUGCAAAGCGACUUGGUCAACUCGGCAUCACUGCCUCCGUGCAACCAGUUCACUCAGACCCAGCCCUGUUCCGCGCCUGGCCGAGUCUGAUUGGCCAGAAUCGCUGCGGACGGGCGUUUGCGUAUAAGGAGUUCUUGGAAGGAGGUGCGAACAUGGCAUUGGGGACAGACGCGCCCACAGCUGCACACUUGGCACUGCCGAAUCUAUAUAAUGCUACGACGCGGAAGUCCGCUAUUGAGCCUGAGUGUGAGGAGACGGUGAAUGAGCAUUUUGGGCUUGAGUUGGCAAAGGCUGUCGAGGCUGCUACAGCCGGGGCAGCGUAUUCACGGUUUGCGGAGAGGUGGACGGGUAGCUUGAGGGAGGGAUUGAAUGCUGACUUCGUAGUUUUGGAUAUGGAUUGGAGGGCUGAGGGCUUGCUUAAGGCGAAGGUGGCGCAGACGUGGUACAGAGGGGUUUGUCGAUCAGUUUAA